AGUAUACUCACGCGCCUACUUUCUUCUCUCUCUACUCUCUUCCCUUCUCCCCUUGACCCGUUAUACAUAUAUACCCAUGACCAUGACUUUUCGUGAUUCCCUCCCUCUUCCCCUACCCUCUCUCCCCGCCCCAGCCUUCCAAAAAUGCAACAUUGCCGCUUCCAUACCGCUCCUCCUCCACUGCGUCAAACGAUCAAGACGUCCCCCUUCAUGACUUUACCCUCCGAGUUACUGGCCGAGAUCGCUAGCUAUCUUCCAUCCCGCCAUUCCGUCGCGGGAUACGUCGUCGACUCCACUGACCUGAUAGCCCUCUCCAUGACCUCACGUUGGAUACGUGUCGCUUGCGUUCCCAUCUUAUUUCGAGACGUACCCAUCCUAUCCGCAGGAGCAUUAUACGCAUUACAAUCCCUCCCUUCGCACUUGGUUGGGUACAUCAAGGAGUUGAAUAUCUUCCUCGACUCGCCAUUUCUCGAUGCUUUCAAAAUUUGGUCUUCAUCCCAAUCGCAAUACUGCACCUUGGGUUUCUCCCCAUUCUUAUCCCUUUCUCGCAUUCUUUCCCGUACUCCCGAGAUUCGUGCCCUCCGUAUGCUCGUCGCCAAACCAUCUGGAUCAGAUUCCGCAUGGGCCCGGUGCCCACUUGGAAGAGCUCUAGGGAUCUCGAUGGAUAGUGCUAUGCAGUCUAGCCUCGCUCUUUCUUCUCCUACGGCAUUCAAGCUCCGUUCCCUUAGAAUCAUUCAGUUGGAUGGUUUCCAGGGUAUAACGCCACUACUACAACUAGCACCCAAUCUACAAGUACUUCAUUUACGCCUUACAGCUGGAUUUGCCCAUUCAGUCAACGAUGAACUUGUCAAUGCGGCUCGUUUGGUACCAGGGUUACGAGAACUGGUGUACACACCUGAUUCAUUGCGUACAUCUUUCCCUUCAACAUUCAGCGGAGCCGGGGGUGGUCACCCGGAGAUGGGGAUGGAGAUGGAUGAAACGAAUAUGAAAUUUAAUGCAUCGUCGAGCGUAGGGAUGUUAAAAGCACUCGGAGAGACCCUACCGCAUCUCAGAAUCCUAGAUUUACAAACACGAUGGCACGGGAACGAGGUAUUAUUCUGCUCUAGCUCCGAGCCGAUCGAUCCCGAGGCUCUAAUUGACGUGAUCAAGUAUCUUCCAAACCUUGAACAUCUCUACCUACCUUCUUCCGUUCAUCACCACAAAGAUUACGCGAUCCUUCGUACACCUUUCGUUCGGCCCACUUCACCCUCUCAUACUCUAACGGCCAUACAGGCCCGCGCAGAAGCUAUCAAUCGUGUUGGCCAGUCCGAAGCAUAUGUCAUUCAUCGAAUCCAACAACACCAGCAGCAGUAUACUACUACUGCGCAUGGAAGAAUUCGGAGUAUCGGAUUUGUAAGGCAUGCGUGUGCGGAGGAUAGAAUCGAGUAUAGGGUCUGUUAUGAACGUUUCUCAGUCUCAGAGCUCGGUGGUGGUGGGGAUCCGACGAUUCAGGUGAAGAUUUCGGCGGCAGGGGAAGGUAUUCAUUGCGCACUUCCAACUCCAACUCCUCGAGUAUCGUCACUGUUGUCGCAGAGUAUAGCGUCAUUGUUUGCUAUGCCUCCAGCACUUUGGACGACGACGACGACGACGCCGAGGAGUCAUCAUUAUUCGUCCGAAUUUGCUUUGACGGGAAUGGGUGAUAUGUGGGGAGGGAGACGGUCAGCAUUUGUGUCGUCACCUUCUUCCGUUGAAGAAGAUCCGAUAUGUGUAAGAUGAGAUCUGGGUGUGGGUUUGGGUUUAGGUUUAGGUUUAGGUGGGGGCCGAUGAGAGAAGACAGUGUUGUAUUCGGGUCUUGUUUUUCUUUGAUUUUUCUUUUUUCUUUUUCCUUUUGGGAUACCCUGGGCAAUUUCGAUUUCUCUUUCAGUUUUAGAUUGGCACAAUCGUAUAACUUUGAUUCUGUAACCACGACAUACGGCCCCCGCACACGGUAUAGCAAUUAUUGAAGAUCCGAUCGACUUCCAUAUUUGCUGAUCAACCUUCCUCCCAGUAGGCUACAUAAGUAACUGAGUUACCCACUGAGUAAUUGCGAUGACGAACUUGAUUUAGAGUAACCGAACUUCUA